AUGCCCCAGGGAACACGCAAGGCAGGACAGGCCCCUGUACCAUCUUCUCAAGUUGUGGCUCUGUCUUCUUGGUGUCUCCUGAGAGAUUCAACUUACUAUACACUAUCUGUUGUUGCCCUCAUUGUGUUUAUAUAUGAUGAAAAAGUUUCUUGGUGGGAGUCCUUAGUGCUAGUGCUAAUGUACAUUAUCUACAUCAUUAUUAUGAAAUACAAUGCUUGCAUACAUCAGUGCUUUGAAAGGAGGACAAAGAGUGCUGGGAACAUGGUCAAUGGCUUGGCCAACAAUGCUGAAAUUGAUGACAACAGCAAUUGUGAUGCAACGGUAGUGCUCCUUAAGAAAGCAAAUUUCCACCGCAAAGCUUCAGUGAUCAUGGUGGAUGAGCUACUAUCAGCAUAUCCACAUCAACUCUCUUUUUCUGAGGCCGGACUCCGGAUCAUGAUCACCAGCCACUUUCCCCCCAAAACUCGGCUCUCCAUGGCCAGCCGCAUGUUGAUUAAUGAGAGACAAAGAUUAAUAAACAGCAGAGCAUAUGCAAAUGGAGAGUCAGAGGUGGCCAUCAAAAUCCCCAUCAAGCACGCUGUGGAGAAUGGAACAGGACCCAGCAAUGCCCCCGAGAGGGGUGCGAAUGGGACCCGAAGGGAUGAUGAUGUCACUGAGGCUGGCAAUGAAACUGAGAAUGAGAAUGAGGACAACGAGAACAAUGAGAAUGAUGAAGAAGAAGAAGAGGAUGAUGAUGAUGAUGAGGGACCUUACACUCCAUUCGACCCACCCUCUGGCAAAUUGGAAAUAGUGAAGUGGCUGUUCACCUGGCCACUGAGUUUGGUCUUAUACUUUACUGUCCCCAACUGCAACAAACCCCGAUGGGAGAAGUGGUUUAUGGUGACAUUUGCCUCCUCCACCUUGUGGAUUGCAGCCUUCUCCUAUAUGAUGGUUUGGAUGGUUACAAUUAUUGGCUAUACUUUGGGUAUUCCUGAUGUGAUCAUGGGGAUCACAUUUCUGGCAGCUGGGACAAGUGUGCCUGAUUGUAUGGCCAGCCUCAUUGUUGCAAGACAAGGGAUGGGUGACAUGGCUGUAUCCAACUCCAUCGGAAGCAAUGUGUUUGACAUUCUUAUUGGCCUGGGCCUCCCGUGGGCUCUGCAGACCCUAGCAGUGGAUUAUGGCUCAUAUAUUCGACUGAAUAGCAGGGGACUGAUCUACUCUGUUGGCUUGCUCUUAGCCUCGGUUUUUGUCACGGUAUUUGGUGUCCACAUGAACAAGUGGAAGCUGGACAAGAAGCUGGGGUUUGUGUGCCUUUUCCUGUAUGGCAUCUUCCUGUGUUUCUCCAUCAUGACCGAAUUCAACGUUUUCACCUUUGUGAACUUGCCCAUGUGCAGGGAGCACUGAUCCACUUGGCAAGGCUGAGGUGCCACUUCCUUCUUUUUUCUGUGCAAUACUCAACAUGGCCGGCACCCCACCAAGAGCACGGGGUGCUUCCGAAGGGCCGUGAAGUACAGUCUAUCCUGCUCGCUGUUCUCCUCUCUGGUUAGCCCUGGCUCCCCUCCAUUUUUCCCUCUUUCUCACUCCCAACCUCCACCCUGUUCACCCCCAUCGGGAAAACUCCUGUGUCGAUGUGAAGACUUUCCACGUUCGUAUGAUUUUUCAAUCUCUAUCUCUCCGAACAGUGACUGGGAUCUUAGAAGCACUGGCUGCUACCUGGCGCUGAGCCAGACAGAACUUGUUCCAAUUCCUCCUCUUUUUUAAGUUAUUUGAUGGAAGACUAAUCUAAUUUAUGACUUGAGAUUGUGGGUGACAUAGAGAAGAGGCUACACUGAUUGUAUGGGGUGUUUUUCUGAGGAUAAUUAUGGGAUUCUGGGUUUGGGGUUGUUUUGUUCUUUUUUUUUUCCUUUUUCCAGAGAGCCUCUCUUACAUCUUUUCCUCCUGCAUUUUGGAUUACAAUCAGUGAUCCAAAGGUCAUAAAUGCAGUGUUUUAUGGGAACUAAACCUCAAGGUACUUUGGAGUAUGAGUGGCUUUACUGUUUAUUAAAAGGAAUUGAUGAGGCAACAGAGAAUGACUUUUUACUCGGAAUUAGACAUCUCUUAAAGUCUUAUAGGAAACAGAGAAGGGAAAGCACAUUGGAGGGAAGACAACACUUUUCUGGUGUCCGUUAUGGCCAUCAAUUUAUUGUUAGGAUAUUUCUAGUUUUCCAAGCAAUAGUUCCAGCCUGCCUGAGCCUUUGAUGAGGGGAGCCCUGUCUCACACCAUCCACAAGGUACCAGGUACAGUCUGUGUCAUAAGCUCCCCUACCUAACUUGUGAUUUCCUCUUGUUAGAAUCGCAUUCAGGGCAACCCGGAUAGAAACAAAAGGCUUCAGCCUUUCGUAAAUGAGUUAGAGACACUGGUUUCUUUGAAAAGAAAGAAGCGUACUUUGCACAGACGUUGUCGAUGAAGUCGCAAUUUGCCACUCAGUAAUGAGUACACUGGACCCAGCCAGAUUGCUAAUGGGGGAACUUUGCUAACAGAACACUGCCAAGCUGACUCACCACUCCCUGGAGGGUCAGAGGGAGGAUGAGAGGAACAGAGAGAUGGCACUUCUUAAAAUGCAGAAUAUGUUCCAUGAAGACUCGCUCAUGAGCAUAAGUUCUUGUGAAAGUUUUUGCCAAUCACUGCUCUUGAUAGCCCUGCUAUUUUGUAUGAUACUGUAUUAAUAUGCAGAAAAAUUCCACCAAGUUGAGAAACACCUAUGCUUGUAACACUUGUAUUUAUUGAAACUGUGGACAUUCCCCAUGCCAAUUCUUGUAUUUACUUUAAGCACUGAUCACUUCUAAUUCAUUCAGGACAGUCUUCUCUCUCUUCACCCCACCCCCCACAAUUCUCCCCCCAUACACAUUCUGGUAUGAAAUGUAAUGGCAUAUUACAUACUGAUUGAAUGUCUUUGUCUAUGGUACAAACAGUGGCCAAUACUAGUAAAUGAGAGUAUAAGGCCUAUUUUUUAAAACAAACAAAGAAA